GCGCACGCUGAUCAUCUCCAGACUCGCUCACUCGAUCCCUUCUUCCACCUCGAUCUCUCUCACCUCCUUCCAGCGAAAAUGGCAUCUCUCGCCUGCGCUGCCGUGUCCGUGCCCUCGUUCGCCGCCCUGAAUGCGGGAGUGAGCAAGACCUCCAGCGUCUCGACCCGAUCCAGCGUCGUCUGCAGCGCUGCUCCCAUCGAGAGCAACUGGUCGAAGGUCGCCAAGGGCCUCGUCGCCACCGGCGCCUCAGUGCUGCUCGCUGCCUCUGCUGCCUCCGCAGCCACUGUCAAGCUCGGAUCCGACUCCGGCGAACUCAUCUUCGUGCCCCAGGAAUUGACCGUCUCCGCCGGCGAGAGCAUCACCUUCGUCAACAACCAAGGCUUCCCCCACAACGUCGUCAUCGACGAGGGUCCCGAUGGAGUCGACACCGACGCUCUGAGCCACGACGAGUACCUGAACGGCCCCGGCGAGAGCUUCAGCAUGAACUUGGCUGACAAGGGCACCUACAGCAUCAUCUGCCAACCCCACGCGAAUGGUGGCAUGAAGAUGGUCAUCACUGUGCAGUAAACAGCGGUCCCCUUUCCUUUCGAGGAAAUCCAGGAUAGAGGCAGAGCAGACCUGUGAAGGCAAUUGUAACUUUAAGUGCGUGUGUGUUAUGGUAUACUAGAGAUGACAAGUCGUCCAGAAUUGGAUCGAGGAGCGAGAUCGAACCCGCGAAUCCGUCGACGUUUCCUUGUGUUAAUACGAACUCUAGGGAUUCCUUUUGCAAUAAAGAGGUUCUAGAGCCAUGGAAUUGAUUUUGCUCACUCUCGGAGCGUCCUUGACGAUUGUCUGUACUUCACAGUUUUGCUCUUCUCGGUAGAAAGGACUAUUCUUUCAGAACAAGCAGGCGGACUUUGCCUCAACACUUAUGUUUCG